UAUAUCAACAUGUUAGCGAGCUCCUCCAACGGCCACAAAUGGUCUCCUUUACCUUCAACACACUACAGCAAAAGCACUUCUUCUCGGUCACUCUCUUUAGAGCACAUGUUAGUCACACGGAAACAAAGGUGUCUAUCACGGACCACACUUUAACAAAAACCAUGAAUUUAAGAACUACUAAAGAAAAUGUUGCUGGGUUUUCUUCUAUGAGGGAUAUGGAUGAACGAACACAAAGAAAAUCUUUGAAAAAUCUUGGUGGUGGUUCAGUGGUGGAAAAGACAGAAAGGAAAUUAACGAAAGAUAAAAACAGAAGGAAAAACUUGGGUUUUAGAAGAAGCAAGGAAAUGGGUUCUGGGAAGUUUUCUCUAAGGACUAGAGAUGAGAAUAUGAUGGUAUAUUCUUUGGAGAGUGUGUGUAGUUCAGUGUUUAAUGAGAAGAUGGAGAAGAAACCCAGAAAAGUUGAUGGUAAUCAGGUAGGGAAGGAAGAUAAGGCGAAGGGCUCUAAAAAAAAUAAGGAUGAAUCUUCUGAAGUUCCGUUGAGGCUUGCAUUGGAUAUGUGUUCGAAAAGAGGGGAUGUCUUGGGUGCAAUUCAAUUGUAUGAUAAGGCACUUAAAGAAGGAAUUAGGCUAAGACAGUACCAUUAUACUGUCCUAUUGUAUCUUUGUUCUUCUGCGGCUAGGGGUGUUAUUCAUCCUGCUAAAAGUGGGAGUGCUAGUAGGAUUUUAAAUCCAUUGGACUCGUCUAAUGGAGUUUCUAAUUUGAAUAAUAUUCUGGUUUCAAACGAGCAGCUAGUUGAUUUUGGUAGAAUUGAUGGAACUCCAGGUAAAUUGGAGUUGAAUUCUAGUAGUAACUUUCAAGAUUUUAGUAGUACUUCGAAUGAAAAGAACUUAAGCAGCUUUUCUAAUGGCUUUAAAAAGUCAACUUCUCAGCUUUUGCAUAAACCAAAUUCUCCAAUAAAGGAUGUGGAUGACUUUUCAAACACAAAAGAUGACCAAGAAGAACAUAAAAUUCAGGUUGGUGAAGAUUUCAAGAAGUAUGCACUUCAAAGGGGAUUUGAGGUAUAUGAGAAGAUGUGUUCUGAUAAUGUCCCAAUGAAUGAAGCAGCAUUGACAUCUGUAGCAAGAAUGGCAGUGUCAAUGGGUAAUGGUGACCUGGCAUUUGAUAUGGUGAAGCAAAUGAAGCCGUUGGGGAUAAAUCCAAGAUUGCGUUCUUAUGGUCCUGCUCUAUCUUAUUUUUGCGAUAUUGGUGAUAUUGAAAAAGCAUUUGCUGUUGAGAAACACAUGUUGGAGCAUGGUGUCCAUCCAGAAGAGCCUGAAUUGUUGGCACUCCUAAGAGUAAGUGUAGGAGCUGGUAAAGGUGACAAGGUGUACUAUUUGUUGCAUAAACUAAGAACAAGCUUACGGAAGGUCUCAUCCACUACUGCAGAUUUGAUUGUUAAAUGGUUUAAUAGCAAGGCAGCUUCAAGAGUGGGGAAAACAAAAUGGGAUACAAGUUUGAUAAAGGAAGCAAUUGAAAAUGGAGGUGGAGGCUGGCAUGGACAGGGUUGGUUGGGGAAAGGAAGGUGGAAUGUUUCAUAUACUACUGUUGGAACUGAUGGUUUGUGUAAUUGCUGUGGGGAGAGAUUGGCGCUGAUUGACCUCGAUCCUAAAGAAACAGAGAAUUUUGCUGAGUCAGUUGCAUCUAUAGCUAUAAAAAAAGAGAAAAAUUCAAGCUUUCAGAAAUUUCAAAAAUGGCUUGACUAUUAUGGACCUUUUGAAGCAGUGGUAGAUGCAGCUAAUGUAGGUAUUUAUAACCAGAAGAGAUUUGUACCAUCCAAGGUCAGUGCUGUUGUUAAUGGAAUACGUCAGAAAUUUCCUUCAAAGAAAUGGCCUCUCAUAGUUUUGCAUAACAAGCGUAUAACCGGAUGUAAGAUGGAUGCACCAGUAAAUAAGGCCUUGAUCGAGAAGUGGAAAAAUGCUGAUGCACUCUAUGCGACGCCCACUGGUUCAAAUGAUGAUUGGUACUGGUUGUAUGCAGCUAUAAAGUUUAAGUGCUUAAUUGUGACCAAUGACGAGAUGAGAGACCAUACAUUUCAACUUCUAGGAAAUGAUUUCUUCCCAAAAUGGAAGGAGAGGCACCAAGUGCAUUUCAGUUUUUCUGAUUCUGGUCCAGUCUUUCACAUGCCUUCUUCUUGCUCUGUUUUAAUUCAGGAAUCUGAUCAAGGAUACUGGCAUGUUCCAGUUGUAUCAGAAUGUGAUUAUGAAGUCGAAAGAACAUGGCUAUGUAUUACACGUGCUAAAUUAAGUGCAGCAAGGAAAGAUUCCGUCACAAGUCCUGAAGAAUCACAAUCUCUUCAGUGUAAGAAGGGGCACUCAAGGUCAUCUGCUGAAACCGAAGUAAAGUCACAACCGAAUCAUGCAAACCAUGAAAAUGCUAAAAGUCAAUCUCAGGAAAUCUACAAAAAUCUCAGAGAUAUUCUGUCAGUUUCUUUGUGCUCAAAUCGUCAAACAAUACUACCACAGCUUGAGGCUGCAGAGAUGUUUGGUAACUGUAUAAUUGAUUUUCAAAUAUAAACAUAUGGCUGUCUUGUUGGGGACCUGAAAUGAUGCUGUGGAGAAACAAACCCCAAACGGAGAUUUCCUUGAUCUGUUAUGUGGCUCAUGCAGCUGGCUGUAUUGUUUAAAGCACAUAAAGGUCUGCAGUACAGAUUUUUUUUUUUGGCUGCAGCUGAUGUUAAAUGUGCUUCAUCAUGUUUUUUUGGCCAUCAAAAGUUUUGGAGUAAUACUUUUUUGAGUUGUCAUUUCCUCUUUCUGGGGCUUCUUUCAGGUUGGUUGGGGACUUGGGGAGGUGGCAAUUCGUGCAGGGUGUAAUCUUGUACCUUCUUUCUGUAUAUUCAUUUGAUACAUUUGCUCAUAUAAAAUAGAUUUUGCUAAGCAUUAAUAAAUUAAAGAUUA